ACCUCCUCUAAAAUUACAGAUAUGGCAAUGACUCUCUUAGGGACAGUUUAGUCUUCUUGAGACGGGAAGACUAAAGCAAGCGCCGUUAUGUCGUUCAACUGGUCGUCCAAGGAGCAGAAAACCGCAAAUCAGGCCGCAGCGGGCGGACAGAAGCGAGCGCGCAGCGACGCGGGGAACAAAGUGACGGUGGUGAUCGGGUCGCAGUGGGGGGACGAAGGAAAGGGGAAAGUGGUGGAUCUUUUGGCCACAGAGGCUGACGUUAUCUGCAGAUGCCAGGGAGGCAACAAUGCAGGACACACAGUGGUAGUAGAUGGCAAAGAGUACGAUUUCCACCUUCUCCCCAGUGGAAUCAUCAACAGCAAAAGCAUUUCACUCAUCGGUAAUGGAGUUGUCAUACAUCUGCCUGGACUGUUUGAAGAGGGAGAUAAAAAUGAGAAGAAAGGACUGAAAGGUUGGGAGAAGAGACUGAUAGUGUCAGACAGAGCCCACCUCGUCUUUGAUUUCCAUCAAGUUGUUGAUGGCUUGCAGGAGACAGAGAGACAAGCGCAGGAAGGAAAGAACAUUGGAACAACAAAGAAGGGCAUUGGUCCGGCAUACUCCAGCAAAGCUUCCCGCAUUGGUCUACGUGUGUGUGACCUCUUGGGUGACUUUAAUGACUUCUCCACGAGAUUUAAGAAUCUUGUCCGUCAUUAUCAGUCCAUGUAUCCAUCCUUGACAGUCGAUGUUGAUGACCAGCUAAAAAAACUGAAGGAAUUUGCAGAGCGAUUGCGCCCGAUGGUCAGAGAUGGGGUCUAUUACAUGUACGAAGCUCUUCAUGGACCUCCAAAGAAGAUUUUAGUUGAAGGGGCCAACGCUGCUCUGCUUGACAUCGACUUUGGCACAUAUCCUUUUGUGACUUCAUCAAACUGCACCGUGGGAGGGGUGUGCACUGGACUGGGCAUCCCUCCGCUCAACAUUGGUGAUGUGUUUGGUGUAUCCAAGGCCUACACCACCAGAGUGGGGAUUGGAGCCUUUCCCACAGAACAACUGAAUGCAGUUGGAGAGCUGCUACAGACACGAGGUCAUGAAGUUGGGGUGACCACAGGAAGGAAGCGGCGCUGUGGCUGGUUGGAUCUUGUCAUUCUCAGAUACGCUCACAUGAUUAAUGGCUUUACUGCCAUUGCUUUGACAAAACUUGAUAUUCUGGAUGUGCUUGAUGAAAUUAAAGUUGGCAUUGCCUAUAAACUUAAUGGGAAGAGAAUCCCUAAUUUCCCAGCCAAUAUGGAUAUUUUGCACAAAGUGGAGGUGGAGUACGAGACCUUCCCUGGUUGGAAGACAGACACAUCUGCAGCCAGGAAGUGGAAUGAUCUCCCAGCCAAGGCACAGAACUACAUUCGUUUCAUUGAGAACCACAUUGGAGUCCCCAUCAAAUGGGUCGGUGUCGGGAAGUCCAGAGAGUGCAUGAUCCAGAUGUUCUAAACCACACUGCACUCACUGAAGAGAAGAGUCGGGAGAUGUUUUAGCCCGGAGACAAUCUCCUUAAAAAAAUAAAACCGAUAUGGAUA